AUGAUAAUCUCGGAUUCUGUUCUGGUCCUUCUAUAUCUGGCAUACAAUGUUUGGAUUAUGUCUAGAAGCUCGUUGAGAGCUAGUCCCUUGACUAAGAACCAGGUGCCCGUUUUUGCAAAAUGGAAGCCAGGCUCUUUUUCGGCAGCAAACUCGGGGUUCCUAGCCAUGAAAGAUGUGUUCUACGAAUUGCUGUCAAUAGUGGCCACUCCCUUUCUUUCGCUUUACUCUUCCACAAUAUCGAUUCCGAUCAAUUCGAUUGUGGAUCAGUCUUUAAAAUCUUGGAGCGUUGAAAUCAUUUUAAAUUUUCUACUAAGAGUCUCUUUGUUUAUCCUUGUUCCAAAACUAGUGGAAUCUAACGGCAACGAGGAGGAAGAGGAGGAACGAAUAGGCGAGACCCUCAAUUCUAUAGGGAAGGCGUGUCUUGUCCUUGUAUAUACCCACUCUGGCGGAUUUACCUACGACAACAAUGUUGUCUCGUUUUUUCCAAACGUCCCGCAGGUUCUUUCUGCCAUUUGCGAGAGCCAAUAUUGGCGCUGGGCCAACGUAUAUUUCGUGCUGGCACUGUAUCUUAUCGCUAUCUUGAACAGUAGAAGGGAGCUAGGCUGA